AUGUCUACACAAUCAGCCGCCCCAAAGCCUUCUCUUCAGGGGGUCAGAAUCAAAGCCAGAAAAGGCGCUGUAAAGGCUCACGCAAAGCACGAACCGACUGUCUUCAGAGAUCAACUCUACAAACAUCUCGAAACCGUCCCAGACGGGGAUUUUGAAUCUUUCACUACCAAACUUAUCCAAGCAGGCUCUACCCUCGAAUUUCUAAAGUAUGCGGAUCCGUUGUUCGAAAUCAUUCUCGUUGGGGGUCUCCUUCAACCUGGAGGCAGUUACAUCGAUGACGGUGCUCCCGUCUCCCCGUUCGCCAUCUUCAACGCCAAGGAUCCUGCCAACGUAGAAGAGAUUAAAAAGUAUAUUGAAGUCUUGAACAAACUCAUCAGGAGAUAUAAAUAUCUUCAAAAACCUCUUGAAACCACUGCCCUUCCAGGAAUCCUCCAGUAUAUUCAUCGCUGGGACCCCGCUCAAAAGGACAAGUUAGCCAUGGCGACCGGUCUUCUGAUGGCUCAAGGUCUAGCUAACGCAUCCGUCCUUCAGAGUUUGACGAAGGAGCACCUCAUCAAAAACGAUGUAUCAAUCAACGUGCUUACCCUUAUCUUCCGAGCGUACCUCGUCGAUCAAUCAAUGGACCAUCUCUCUGGCUCCCUCAAGAAAGGCGGAAUUCGCGAUUUGUUGGCCUUCUUCCCUGCCAACAAGCAGGAUCCUAAACAAUUAGAGGAACAUUUUAGGAAGGCUGAUUUGCCUCAAAUUGCAGAAUGGUACGCCAAGAAGCAAUAUGCCAUGAUCAAAGAUGCUAUCGUGAAGGAAGUUCAAAGCCUCGUGGAACACGAUGAAUCUCCCGAGCAGAUUGUGGCUGCUGUCAAGGCACAACAGGGGAGUACUCCCAUCCCAGAUCCCGAGCUUAUCGCUUGUCUGUGGCAAGGCUUGAUCUCUUCAGUUGACUGGAGUGCUCGUCCAGAUCAGAUUGAGGGUUUGGCCCUGCGUGAAGUCGGAAAAUUCGCUCCCAUCCUAGAACCUUUCUGUUCCGGUCCUAAAACCGAAGUUGCUCUCAUCAAUGUAGUUCAAGUGUAUUGUUACGAAGAUACUCGCAUUAUCAAAACAUUCCCGCAAAUUCUCAAAGUUCUGUAUAAUAAGGACUGUAUUUCUGAUCAAGCUAUUAUCUAUUGGUACCAGAAAGGCUCUAAGCCUCAAGGGCGCCAGCAUUUUCUUAAGAGCACUGAAGCAUUAGUGAAAUUCUUGCAGGAGCAAGAAUCCGAAUCCGAAGAAGAGUAA